CCCACAAUGUUAUAGUGCUAUCGCUCUCGGCAGAGGGGCAGCUAUUCUUAGGCUGUCUGUCCAGUUCAUCUGAGCAGGCAAGAAAACUCUUCCUCUAGCUCAUACAGUAGCUCUUCUCUGUUGCUACUUUGCAGUUUGGAGGCUGUUUGGUACGUGCCCCGCCCCCUCCCAAAUCCAUUUUCCCCAUCCAUUUGGAGAAAUUCUGUUGCUUAAACAAUACAAAGGCUUUUUUGAACAAUGACUUCGUACAACGUGUCACUCUCUGGACCUCCACCUUGGGGCUUCCGGUUGCAAGGAGGCAAGGACUUCAAUAUGCCCCUCACCGUUUCUAGGAUUACACCGGGGAGCAAGGCGGCCUCCAGCAAUCUGAUCCAGGGGGAUAUCAUCGUGGCCAUUGAUGGGGUCAGCACAGACGGGAUGACACACCUGGAGGCCCAAAACAAGAUCAAGUCUGCCAACUUCAAUCUGGCUCUCACCAUGCAAAGGUCAAAGCGACCCACCCCAGUUCCAAUUGCCACACCAAGAAUUGAAUCUCCGAUGCCUGUGAUUCCUCAUCAGAAGGUUAUUACCCACGCUCCUGCCAACAAUGAGUUCCUGCCCAGCUUCAACCCUAUAGCACUGAAGGACACUGCCCUCUCCACCAACAAGCCCAUCGAGGUGAAGGGGCCUGGAGGAAAGGCCACCAUCAUCCAUGCCCAGUACAACACCCCCAUCAGCAUGUACUCCCAGGAUGCUAUAAUGGAUGCCAUCGCUGGUCAGUCCCAGGCCAGGGGUAGCGAAAUGUCCGGUAAUCUGCCAGUUAAAGAACGUGUUAUAGACAGUGCUUCCCCAGUGUAUCAGGCUGUCAUCCCCAGUGAAAUCGAUCAACUUGGGCCCGCUGAUUGGGCCAGAAGAGCCGCCCAGCUGCAGUCCAAGUCCUUCCGCGUCCUCGCCCACAUUACUGGAACUGAAUACAUGCAAGACCCUGAUGAGGAAGCUCUGAGAAAGUCAAGGGAAAGAUUUGAAUCUGAAGCCAAAGGCCCCCGUUUUGCUAAACUGAAAAACUGGCACAAUGGCCUGUCGGCACAAAUACUCAACGUGCCUCAACUUCCAUUUUUGAUUUUACCGCUACCUAACAUUGUAUCUAGUUCUGCUGCUGAGCAUGCUCCAGUUUCUACCAGCAUUGCACCUGUCUGCCCGCCUACUAUGGCUGCUUUGCCCAAUCAGCUCCUUUCCGAGCCGCUGAUAGCCAAUCAGGCACCUGAGCCUGAAGUGGAGCUGAUUCCCGAGCAAACCACUGUCCCCAGCUACAGCUUGCAGACCUCUAUGGGCUACACUUCCCAGUACAAAACCUCCAUCUCAAGUUCUUACAGCCAGCCUCCGCCUAUGCAGCAGCCUCCGCUCAUGCAGCAGCCUCCACUCAUGCAGCAGCCUCCACUCAUGCAGCAGCCUCCACCAAUGCACCAGCAUCCACCCAUGCACCAACCUCCACCCAUGCAGCAACCUCCACUUAUGCAGCAGCCUCCACCCAUGCAGCACAGCUCCAUCCAGAUCCCUGUAGGUCCACCACCACCCAAAGUGGUCAGCACAGCCACCAUUAUGCCUGCUUCCUACCCAGCUGGUCCAGCACCAGCUCCUCCAAUGGUGCACAAGCCUGCCCCACCUCCACCUGCUCCUCCAGCAGCUCCAGCAUCGUCUUCCAACAGGCCUCCCUGGGUUACUGAUGAUAACUUUGCUCAGAAAUUUGACCCCAGCAAACCCACCCCCAACACGAAUAUCAAAGUGCAGCCUCUUCCCCAGGCGGCUCCACCACCACCAUCUAUUAUCUCUAACCCGGUUCCUGCAGCACCAAGUCCUGCAUUUAACCCCGCCCCUCCUCCCUUCAACCCUGCCCCCUUCCCACCGGUGGCUCGUGGAGUUGCUCAAAGGGCGGAGCGGUUUGCAGCUAGCAACAGGACACCUCUGUGUGCUACCUGCAACAAUAUCAUCAGGGGACCAUUCCUGGUGGCAUUGGGUCGUUCCUGGCAUCCAGAGGAGUUCAACUGCCAUUACUGCCACACAUCUCUGGCUGAUGUCAGUUUUGUGGAGGAGCAGAAUAAUGUUUACUGUGAGAACUGCUAUGAAGAGUUCUUCGCACCUACCUGUGCCCGCUGCAGCACCAAGAUCAUGGGAGAAGUGAUGCAUGCACUGCGGCAGACCUGGCACACCACAUGCUUUGUGUGUGCGGCCUGUGGAAAGCCUUUUGGAAACAGCCUCUUCCAUAUGGAGGAUGGUGAGCCGUACUGUGAGAAAGAUUAUAUUGCACUCUUUAGUACAAAGUGCCAUGGCUGUGACUUCCCUGUUGAAGCAGGAGACAAAUUUAUCGAAGCUCUUGGCCACACAUGGCACGAUACCUGCUUUGUUUGUGCGGUCUGCCACGUCAACCUGGAAGGACAACCGUUCUACUCCAAGAAGGACAAGCCUUUAUGCAAGAAGCAUGCACAUGCCAUCAAUGUGUAGCUGCUUCAAAAGCACAACUAAAUCUGUCAGAGAAGUUGCUAAAUGCAAUUGAUUUAACAUUUGCAUUCGCGUUUUUUUGGCGAGACAUCAGUGCCAAUUAAAAUGAGAGUGAAAGUCAUAUAAAAAUAAAUACAGUAUAUAAUUGGUUAAACAGCAUAUUAGUAUGUGGAUGAAUGGAUGAUACAUAAAGUAAGUGUUGUGACAUUUUUAAUCGGAAUCCAAUACAGUGCUGCAGUCGGUGAUGUCAGAACCCUGAAGACUAAUUCAUCUUUGAGAUUGGCGGUGAAUUAUGGGGCUUUCAAGUCAUGAGUAAAAACAGAUUGUUGGUAAACAUAAGUUACUACCUAAUAUCAACAUUGUCGCUCAUUUCGCAGCAGCAUGAAGCCGUUUAAACCACACACUAGAGUGUUCUUGUAAUACUAUACCACUUAAAGAUUUAUGAAAACAAGUAGUAUGAUAAUACAUGCAGUAUUGUGUUGAUUCAUAAUUCAAAUUUCUAGAAAUCUAUAGAUGUAAAUGAGACUGAAUGUCUGCAGAAUACUUUUUAUAGUAUUUUUUAACGUGUUGUUUGUACCAGCAUCUGAUAAAUAAAGCUUAAAGAAUGCUCAUAUAUAAUAUCAUAAAUAUUUAUAUAGAUAAUAAAAUAUAAUAAUUACAAUCGUAUAUUAAAAAAUAAAUAAAUGCAGAAAUAAAAAAUGCUGGAAAAAGAAAUAUGCUUGCUUUUAAAUGGGAAAAUAAAACCCUUAGUUGGUGGCAAGUCUAAAUGAUUUAGUCACUGAAUUGUUCAUUCAAAUGAUUCAUUCAAAACUGUUGUUUCAUUCAUAUAUAUAUAUGCAUUAGAUGUCGCCUUCCCUGCUGUUGUCUAUUAGAAGGAAUGCGUCAAUAGAGCCAACAUUUUAGUACAGGGUAGCGCUCCUUUGAAAUGAAUGCAGGACCAAGGUGCAGUGGAGGACUGUGGACAUUCAAAGCAAGAGAUAUACACAUAUAUCAAUGAUCAGGAGUUUUGCUGGUGGUCAGUGUGUAGACAUUUUUUUCAAUUACGAAAAAUUAUAAUUUUACAUCACUUUUCUACAUGGAUGGAUGUGACCGCACGGCAUUGCCGACAAACAGUAUGUGUUUGUGUGCAUAGAAAUGCAUCAUCCUGUUUAAUUUGAUCUAAUCCAUGUCCUGAAACACACCCCCUCUCCUGCUUUCACUUCUAAUUCUGACAGAGGGAGCGAUUUGUUUGUGAAUGAAUCUCCGUUAAGAAUGACUCGUUCACUUAGCUGACUAUAAUACAAAUUUCUGGCUCCGCAGCAUCUUGUUGUUAUAUUUCAUAACAUUGAUUGCUUAUUUUAUUUAAAAAAACUAGCAUAAGCCUGGUAUUUAGUGUAAGUUGGUGCUACUUUGCCUUAUGGUGAAUGCAGUAGAUGACUGUAUUAUCAUCAAUAACAUUACUAGUUUAGCACAAAAGUUCAUAACAUACAAAAACAUAAAAAAAGAAAUCUUACCUAUGAAAUGGUCUGCCUUUGUGCUUUGUUUUCUUUGUUUGCUUGUUACUACAUCCAUACACAGCGCGAAAGUCCAGGAUCUUCACGUAGUAACACUGGCUUGACUAGUGCAGUUGAUUGACUUUUGUCCUAGGAGCACUGUACAAAUGUGGCGGCACUAUUGACACAUGCUCAGGGUCUCUAUGUGAUAUCUAGUGUAUAUGUCUAUGGGAUAAAAUGAGUUAUAUUUGCAUUUGCGCUGAUAUUCAUGCUGAUAAAAAUGAUUCAUUUUUAGCCCAUUUCUUGAAUUUAUAAAACUCUGACUGGAUAAUGCAUGUACUAAAGUAUACGUUUCACAUACAAUAACAGGAGAACAAUGACUUACAAAAUGAACUGAAAUCAGAAGUGCUAAGUCAUGAUUUGCUACAAAAAUAUUUAUUAAAAAAAAAAAAAACUUAGAGGCAUCCCCAGUAUUUUUAAACUUCCUUACUACAAUACAAUACUUUAUAUAAUUUUACCUCACAUAACAUAACAAAUUUUGCUAAUGAAUUUGUCUCUCAUGUUAGAAAAAGUGUAAUAUGUGAGAUUUGGUGCUCGUGCCGGUUUCUAUUGUGGAAAGUGACAGUUUAUUCUUCCGGGAUUUGACAUCUUGACUGCAGCAUUCUGUAUUUUAGAGCGUUAUUAUUAUAUCCCUGAUUACACUGACAUACAUGCACCCGUUUGCCUGACAUAAUCUAACAUAUAACACUAUUUUUUCUUGUGCAUUUAUACAACAUAUUAUGAUAUUAAAGACUGAUAGAUUUAAAGGAGAAAUGAAUAAGUUAUACAUGAAUGUUGGAGAUUAUCUGAAUAAAACCUAUGCAUUUUAUUAAGCCUUAAACUCUAUAGUACACCUAAAUGUGUUUUAAUUGCAUUACUAUAUGUUUUCUGAACAAUAAUGAGGCCUGUUUAUCCCUGAAUUGGAAAUCAAUCACAAAAAGUUGUUAAAUGAAUGGAGAACAUAUGUUGAUGUAGUCUUUUUGGUGCUGAAUGUGUGUUUUAUGUGUAACUAUUUUGUCUUUUUUUGUUUCAAGUUUUUAAAAAAAUUCUUUUUUUGAGUGAAACCAAGUGAGCUAAUCCACGAUGUUAGCAUUAGCAUUGUCAUUGUUUUCAUAACUUUUUCAUAACAAUUUUAAGAAUAGGUUACACAGAAUGUGUGUCUCCCUCACAAAUCAGCCAUUAAUGUUGUGCAUUGUCACAUAUAAUGUUGUUUUGUUUUGUUAUUUAUUUUGUGAAAACCUCAGUAUUUAAAAAAUCUUUGCAAACACUGUUCUGAAUUUGCAUCGAUAAUUUAUUUGUUUUUCUUUGCCAGGAAUGUGGGGUUAAUUUCAUUGAAUUAAAUAAAUCAUUAAAAGACAGACCCACAUACCCCAAGCAUUGAAGUUGCAUAUUUAUUACAGUUCUUAAAAUUAAUAACAAACACGUCGCCUGAGACUUUGUUCUCUUUUUUUGUGGAUACAAGUUACACAACUUUUACAUGAAACCUUAAGGUUACACUACAAUACUACAGUAAUGCAAACAUGGACCAUUUGCAGUGCAUUUUUUCAUUUAUUAGUCUUUGUUAAUGUUAUUAAAAAUUGUAUUUUUGUUCACUCUUUAUUAACUAAAAAAGAAAGCUCUCUGGAUGUUAAUAACACUAUUAUAAAUGUUGAACAUACGCAUAAACUAAAAUUAGUAAAUGCUGUAAAAGGAUGUCAUUUUUAGUGCAUGUUGAUUAAUGCACACUACCUGACAAAAGUCUUGUGGUCGAUUCCAGUUGUAAGAGCAAAAAAAUAAUAACUUGACUUCUAGUUGAUCGUUUAGAAAAGUUGUAUAUUUUUCAGAUGAAUCAUCUGUUGAACUACAACCCAAUCUACGCAAAUACCGCUGAAGAUCUAUUAGAACCAGCAUGGACUUUCAAGAUUCUCACAGAAAUCAGUCAAUUUUGGUGAAGGAAAAAUCAUGGUUUAGGGUCACAUUCAGUAUGGGGGCAUGCAAGAGAUCUGCAGAAAGGAUGGCUACAUCAACAAACUGAGGUAUCAAGACAUUUGUGCUGCCCGUUAUAUUACAAAUCACAGGAGAGGGCAAAUUCCACAGCAGGAUAGCGCUACUUCUCAUACUUCAGCCUCCACAUCAAAGUUCCUGAAAGAAGGUCAGGGUGCUCCAGGAUUGGCCAGCCCAGUCACCAGAAAUAAACAUUAUUGAGCAUGUCUGGGGUAAGAUGAAGGCAUUAAAGAUUAAUCCAAAUAAUCUUGUUGAACUCUUUAAGUCCUGCAAGAACACUUUCUCUGCCUUCCAGACGACUUUAUUUGCAGUCCUCCAAGCUCAUAGGAGUCAUGCACUAUAUAUAUAUUUUUUCCACUGCACCAUGACUUCAUAUUCUGUACUGUACAUUAUUUCUGAUAAAUGACAAGACUUUUGUCUAAGCAAAGUCAGAUCUUUCUGUCCUAAUUAAAUAAUUAAAAAUAUAUAUUUUGGUAAAAUAAGCAUAAUCUAGAGGCCUUUGUCUUUCAUUUGAGCCACUUUUGAUACCAAAUGAUCAACAAGAAGUCAAGUUAUUAUUUGUUGUUCCUAAAACUUAGUCGACAAGACUUUAGUCAGGUAUUGUAAAAAAUGUUAACAAAUUAAUUCUAUUUUUGCGAAUACACUUUUAUGAAGACUUAUUUUGUGAUGUGUUGGUAUAUUUACACUUUUGAAUUUAUUCUACCUUUACACGGCUUGGGUUGAUUACUGUUUUGAGUACUAUUAACACAACAAAACUUUUGCAUGGUGUAAUACACUUAUUUCUGUUAAACUGAAAUUUGAUUGUUUAAUUUUUCUCUCUUUUUUACAUAACAUUAGUAAGUUAAUUACAAUUACAUUAAGGGUUGUGUUCAGGAGUUGAAAGUAUUGUUUUAGCAUUUAUCAAAAACAUAUUGUGUAAUACAAAACAAACAUUGUUAAAUAUGAAGCCGUCACUUUACAAAUAUGUAUUAUCAGUUUUUUAUCUACUAUAUUCAGCAGUUCCCUUGCUAAUUUCAGAACUAAACAAGAGCGACCCACAAUUGAAUUUAUAGUUUAUUACUUUUACAAAAUAAAAAUGACAUGUACA